AUGCCAAAAGCCAGUCACUUGCUGAUACUCCUGUUGAGCGAUUUCGCGACGUUUGUGGUCAUGGAAUUGCCUAAAGUCUUGCCUGUUCUCCUCUUCGUCGGCUCCUGCUGGGGAAGGAAGACCGGACUAUUCCCCGCUCCUAAGGAUUUUUUCGCUGAUCGAAUCAAUGGGAAUCUGACGAAAAUUACGUGGGCGCACCAGGCUAACAGCAAAGAGGAACUUGACGCUGCCCUCAAUGAUCGAGAAAUAAUGAUGAUAGAAGCGGACGUUUCCUUGGGCGAAGUGGAUGGAAAUCCUGGAGACACCGUCCCAAUUAUGGCCCACCCCCCGGACACCACAAGUGAUUUAUCACUGGGGGAUUUUUUGUCUCAAGCUCUCGAGACCCCCAUAAGCGGAAUCAAAUUGGACUUCAAAACUAUCGAGGCAUUCAAAGCGAGUCUUCCAAUUCUCAAAGAAUAUCGUGAUAAAAUGCUGGUGCCAAUAAUGUUGAAUGCAGAUAUAUUACCAGGACCAUUUUCGGAGGAUAGUAGACCAGUGGAUGCAGACGAAUUUUUGCAGGGGGCGAAGAAACAUUUUCCAAAGAGCACCCUCUCGGUCGGCUGGACGACAAAGUACGGAAUUACCGCACUCCAGUUCACCGGAAGUUACACGAAAGAUCAGAUCGAAAAUAUGAUCGUUACAUUGAAAAGAAAUCGGAUAUCUCAGCCGAUCACGUACCCGGUGAGAGCGGCUCUUGCAGCGGACGAUAUAGACGUCAUAAAAGACCUCAUGAAAAGAACUAAGAAUUAUCACCCAACUCUCACGAUUUGGUCUCCACUCGGGGACUUUGUCGAUCGCGAUGAGUUAUCGGCGCUGAUCAAAGACGUUGGAGUGGACCGGACAUACGUGGACGUCCCCAAAAUCAUCGAGAGGGAUUUGUCCCUCGGGUCCUCACCCUCACGAUUCUCAUUCUCAAAGUUAUUUUCAUCAAUAAUCAAUGAAAUUGUUCUAAUACUUCCCUUCUAAUUUCAAUAUCUUUUAAAAUAACUUUUACCCCAUGCUAAAUCUCGAUCAAUGACACCACGCACGUAACAGUACGUUGUAGGCAUUCCAGGAAUAAAGGAGUCACUGAUAUACCGGUACUGGAUCUGAUAAAGUCCUGAUUGUGUUUCGUUUGUUGGGACUUAGACACAUCAGACUAAAAUUACUGAAGCAACAGCUCCUGAUAUUUUUAUCCCAAUCAUCACGAUAAAUCAGCAGUAAAUAUGCAAUAAAAAAAAUUCCCAAAUAUUUAAUUACCAGAGAAAAUAAUUUAUUUUAUUGCAUCUUAUUAUUUUGUAAAUUAAAUACUUCGAUGAAAUUGGAUAUUUGACAAAAAUAUAUUUUUUUCUCAACGCAGGUCAUUACUCCCUUAAUAAUUUUAUACUGCAUUCAUUAAAAAUAAAUAAUUUAUCAUUCACGUUAUAUCGCAUCGCUGGGAGAGAUGAAUAAAGAU